UCGAUAAGUGCCAACCAGUUACAAUAAAGUCCUCCUCGCUCACCAUGCACACACGCCGUGUCGCACAUCCCCACUGCAAGCCAUCUUUCAAAACCUGGCGGUGGACUGUGAAGCUGCCACACUGCAGGAACAACAUCUCCACACAAGAUGUGCCGGCGCAAUGCAGAGAGAGGAUGAAACUCCAGCACCCUGUGUACAGCUGUGUUCCCAGAAAGACAGGGGAAUGAAACAACCUGACAUGAGCCCGCGUCGCCUGUCAGAUAUCAGCCCUCAGCUCAAACAACUGAAAUCGCUCGUCAUUGAUGAAGAGCUAAAUGAAGAAUUAAAGUCAUCGAGAUCAGUGGAGUUCAUCAACAGUGCGUCUAUAGAGGAGCGAAUCCUGAGGAUUACUGGUUACUAUGGUUAUAAGCCCUGGAGUGCACUCUACAGAGAAGAGAACCAAUCCAGCAAAGCAAAAGUGGAAGUAAAGGUAGAUGGCCGUGGUGCCACAUCAACAGUCAAGUCAGAGCACUCAAACAGACGACAGAGUCUGCGCUGCUGUCUGCACAUGACUGCCGUCCACCUGCACAGAGCACUGUGGGGUGUCGCUAUGGUCAUCUGUAUCUGCUUGUCCUGGUCAGGCAGCACUCAGCUGGCCAAAAUAACAGUCAGACGCUUAAAUGUUCCUUUCACCCUCACUUGGUUCUCCACCUCCUGGAACGGUGUCAUCUUUCCUCUUUACUACAUGGGUCACCUGUGCUGUACAAAGGACAGACAGACCCCUAGACAGCGAUUCAGAGAGUGUUGUCAGUUCUUGGGAGAUGAUGGUCUUUCUCUAAAGACGCUGCUCUCUCGAGUGGCUCCGUUUGGACUUCUGUGGACUCUCACCAGCUACCUGUACCUGCAAGGCCUUCGCAGGAUUCCCGCCACUGAUGCCUGCGCUCUCUUCUGCUGUAGUCGGGCCUUUGUCUUUCUAAUAUCCUGGAUUGUACUUCGGGAUCGCUUUUUGGGAGUACGGAUUGUGGCAGCCAUUUUAGCCAUCGGGGGAAUUGUUAUGAUGACAUAUGCAGAUGGUUUCCACAGCCACUCUGUCAUUGGGAUCUCUCUCGUUGUCGGAUCUGCAUCAACAGCUGCUAUGUACAAAGUUCUAUUCAAGCUUGUUCUGGGUAGGGCUAAGCUCGGUGAAGCAGCUGUUUACCUCACCCUCCUCGGUGGAGCUAAUUUGGUCUUCAUUAGCGCCGUACCCCUGAUCCUGCUUCUCACAGGGGCUGAAGACUUUGUUUCACCUGGAGAUUUGCCAUGGACAAGCAUCUGUGGCAUGGCUGCUCUUUUGCUGGUGUUCAACUUCCUCUUGAAUUUUGGUGUUUUGAUAACACUUCCUACUCUGAUAUCUUUGGGUGUUGUCCUUAGUGUUCCUGUCAAUGCUGUCAUAGACCGGUACAUGUGUGAGAUCCAGCUCAACAGUGUACGAGUCAUAGCGGCGUCCAUCAUUUGUUUGGGCUUCCUUUUGCUCCUGUUGCCUGAAGACUGGGACCAAUGCCUGCCACACUUACGGUCCAUGCUGUACAACCGGGAUCAGCCACAAGAGUGUGCCAGAGGCAAGCAUCUGGAGACACUUCCCAUUAGAUUAAAAGAGACCAGGAACUGCAAUUCUUUAGUCACUUCCACUAUUAACUGACCUAGAUGGCAUUAUAUUCACAAUUUGUGAAAUUGCAACCCAAAACAGGUGAAAAACAAUUGUUUUGAGAUAUGAACAGAUAUGACGGAGGAUGCACGAAAUGUUAAACACAGAGACGGCUGUUGCACAGUGAGAAUGUGGGAAAAAUAAUUUUAAGGACUUUGUUACUAGUGUUCAAAACUGGACCACUGAAUGGGCAAAAGCAAUGUUAUCAGUAACCACGGCAAUAUGUUCUAUAUUGACCUCUUAUAUCUUAUUUAGAUUGUGUGUCGCUUCAUGUGUUGAAGUAACUUAUAUAUUGCCAGUUUCUACACUAUACCCUGCUGACAUACCGUCAACUCUUCAACAAAACAUUAUACUCUUGAUAUGUUGUAUAAUCUCAGACUAGUUCUACUCUGUAUAUGCAUUUUACAGUGUUAUGGUCUCAACGGUAAUCUGUAAGAAUGGCUAUACUCACCGAUUCCUCAGAUUAAUCUUACA